GCCAAUUGUCCAUCUAUGCCUCUGUCUGGCCCUGCCGCGCCGUCCGCACGCGCGCGCACGACGCACAGUCACAGAUAGAUACCUUUCCUCUCUUCUCCCGUCCGGCCGUCCCCUCUUCCGCGGCAACCCCGGCGCGGCAUGGCGAGCCCGUCCUCCUCAUCUUUCCCGUCCCGGAAGGUUGCGCGCGUUCAGGCCCUGAGCAAGAUCGCCUGCAGGCGCCUGCAGAAGGAGCUAACGGAGUGGCAGGUCAACCCGCCCGCCGGCUUCGAGCACAGGGUCACCGACAACCUCCAGAGGUGGGUCGUCGAUGUAGCCGGGGCACCAGGCACGCUCUACACCGGCGAGACCUACAAACUGCAGGUGGAUUUCUCCGAGCAUUAUCCCAUGGAGGCACCUCAGGUUAUAUUUCUGCAUCCAGCACCGAUGCAUCCACACAUUUACAGUAAUGGACACAUCUGUUUAGAUAUAUUGUAUGACUCGUGGUCCCCAGCAAUGACUGUCAGUUCUAUCUGUAUCAGCAUAUUAUCUAUGCUGUCCAGCUCACCAGCAAAGCAACGCCCAGCCGAUAACGAUCGCUAUGUCAGGAACUGUCGCAAUGGGAGGUCACCAAAGGAGACCACGUGGUGGUUCCAUGACGACACUGUGUGAUGGGUGGUUCCGGCUGUUGUCCUGCCCGCAUUUUAGUUGCCAGACUACAUGGGAGAUGAUCUAGGCAUAUUUCAAGCGACCCAUUUGACCAGAAACUAACACGCUCUUCUGGUUUGUAAAUGAGUGUGCAUCAGCGUCAGGUCUCUGUACUUGUUGAUCCUUACACCGUCUAUAGUAUGUAGAAUAAUGUUUGUAUCUUUGUCAAUUUACGGAACAGACAUGAAAUGCAGGUCACUGUUGACUUGCAAGAUUUCUGAAUCCUUCUAGUUGAAAGUUGAAACGAGGGUUAUAUAUGCUUGGUAGUCUGCUCCAGAUGCAGCAGCUUUAGCUCUAGUUCCACUUAACUCUAGCUCAAACUAUGGCAGAGCUCUUUUGGGAGUGGCUGUGUGAUCGUGUAAUAAUAUAUCUGUUGUGUGAGUAUUGCAAAAUUCUGUAA